ACAAAAUAGGAUAUGCAUGCAAUGGCAAAGAAGAUCGCGAAUUCUCUUUUUCUACUACUUGCAGCUCUUUCUUUCGUAGCCACGGUCCAAGGCCAGGAUCAAUCAGCAGAAUUCAUUAGUAUAGAUUGUGGACUACCUGAAAAUUCCAACUAUACUGAGAAGAGCACUGGAAUCAAUUACAUUUCAGAUGCUAACUUUAUUGAUUCUGGUGUGAGUAAGACUGUGUCGCCCCAAGAUAAGACUACUCAUCCACAAUAUUUUACUUAUCUUCGAAGUUUCUCUAAUGGAAUAAGAAACUGUUACAGAAUAAAUGUAACAAGUGUUACUAGAUAUUUAAUCAGGGCUAGUUUCCUGUACGGAAACUAUGAUGGUCUUAAUAAGCUCCCAGAAUUUGAUCUUUAUCUUGGAGUUUAUUUUUGGGACACGGUUAAAUUCACAAAUUCAUCUGUCAGCAUAAACUAUGAAAUUAUACACACUCUGUCGACGGAUUAUAUCCAUAUCUGUAUGGUUAACAAGGGCACGGGGACUCCAUUCAUUUCAGUCAUAGAAAUGAGGAUUUUGGACAAUGCUAAAGUUAUUUAUACCACUCAAGAUCCAACGGCGUCAUUGGCACGAUUUCGAAGGUUGAAUUUUGGUAUCAGCAACUUAACAUACAGGUAUAAAGAUGAUCCAUAUGACCGGAUAUGGGAGCCUUAUUGGGACCAAAAGUGGACACAAUUAAGCGGUAGACUUAGCAAUGAUGACAUGGGCUCGAAUGUCUUUAAACUACCAGCGGUUGUGAUGGAGACUGCAGCUACACCAAAAAAUGCUACUGCUUCAUUAGACUUCCAGUGGGAGGACAAUGAUUAUGCAGGCAACAAUGAAACUCAGCACCCAUACUAUUUCUACUUACACUUCGCUGAGCUUCAGAAACUGGGUGCAAAUCAAACAAGCUCAUUCAAUAUCUCCUUAAAUGACGUGCCUUGGGCAAGAAUAAAACUUGAAUACGCCAGUUUAUACACCAAAUAUACUACAAGCCCUUGGUUUGGAUACAAAAAGUAUCACAUUUCACUUAUUCGGACAGAAUCUUCCUCCCUUCCGCCCAUCAUCAAUGCUCUUGAGAUUUAUUUAGUGAAAGAUUUCUCAUCACAGUUAGAAACCCAAAAGGAUGACGUGGAUGCAGUCACAAACAUCAAGAGGACUUAUAAAGUGUACAGUAGAAACUGGCAAGGAGAUCCAUGUGCCCCCAUUGCAUACAAGUGGCAAGGUGUAGACUGUACCUCUUUUGAUGGCUUUCUAAGAAUCACAUCCUUGAAUUUGUCUUCAAGUGGACUGACCGGACAUAUAGCAGCUGAUAUAUCCAAGCUUACCAUGUUAGAGUCCUUAGAUUUAUCAGACAAUGAGUUAAGUGGGACUGUUCCUUCUUUUCUGGCACAACUGCAAUCACUGGAAUACUUGAAUUUAGCAAACAACAACCUAACAGGUUCAGUUUCAAACGAACUCCUUCAAAAACAAAGUGAUGGUCUAUUAUCUUUGAGUGUGGGGCGAAAUCCAAAUCUAUGUGCAUCAACUGCAUGCAUCUCGCAAUCAAAUGAUACAAGAAAGAAAGACAAUAAUGUAGUUAUUGCAGUGGUAGCACCAAUUGCAGGGAUCUUACUGCUUCUAGUGAUUAUAGCAGCAGUUAUAAUUUUUCGCCGGAGAAAGCGAUAUGCUGCUGCUACGAACAUUAUUCUUGGGAAGCCUCGUAGUUCAAUUAAGGGGUCAGAAUUGGAAUCGAAGCAACGACAAUAUUCAUUUAAUGAGGUUGUUGAGAUGACCAACAAUUUUGAUAGGAUUCUUGGCAGAGGUGGAUUCGGAACAGUUUACCAUGGCUUUAUUGAGGACAUUCAAGUGGCUGUCAAGAUGCUUUCUCUAUCUUCAGUGCAUGGAUAUCAACAAUUUGUUGCAGAGGUUAAGCUUCUAAUGAGAGUACAUCAUCGAAAUCUGACUUCUCUUAUUGGCUAUUGCAAUGAAGAAACUAAUAUAGGACUCAUCUAUGAAUAUAUGGCAAAUGGAAAUUUAGAUGAACAUCUUUCAGGAAAAAACAACAGGGAAACGUCCUUGAAUUGGGAAGAUAGACUUCGAAUAGCAUUAGAUGCCGCCCAAGCAUUGGAAUAUCUGCACAAUGGUUGUAAGCCACCCAUAAUCCACAGAGAUGUAAAAUGCACAAAUAUUCUAUUAAAUGAAAACUUUCAUGGCAAAUUGGCUGAUUUUGGAUUGUCCAAAUGUUUCGCGACUGACGGGGAUACACAUGUAUCGACAAUUGUAGCCGGAACUCCAGGCUACCUAGAUCCUGAGUACACGACAUCAAACAGAUUGACAGAAAAAAGUGAUGUGUAUAGUUUUGGAGUAGUUCUCUUAAGGAUAAUCACAGGUCAAGCGGUGAUAAUGGUAAGGGAAGACAUGAUUCAUCAUAUAAGUCAGCAGGUGAACUCCAUGGUUGCUGAAGGGGAUAUAACAAAAGUUGUUGACUCAAGGUUACAAGGAGAUUUUGAUAAUAACUCUGCAUGGAACGCGGUUGAAAUAGCAAUGGCCUCUGUGUCUACCAUUUCGAUGGAAAGGCCAUACAUGAGUGAUAUAGUGAAAGAGCUAAAGGACUGUUUGGCUGCAGAGUUAGCUCGAAAACAUAAUAGUUGUGACCUUCAAAAUAAAGAUUUAGUUGAGCAGGUUAGUCUGAACUUGAUUAGUACUGAUAUCACUCCCAUAGCUAGGUAGGUUCAUAGUUCAUUCCUAAUUAAUACUAGUACUACUGUACCAGAAAUAAAAUAAAACAGCCUGGGAAUUAUGUUGCAUUAUAAGUUCAGGUUGUUGUA